UCUGAAAGCAAACAUAUCACAAGGUGACAAAACUAAAAGGUGGUCUCCAAUGGCAGCCCAAGAGGGCAAACAGUGGUGGGAUCCUUACGAAACAUCUCACCGAAAACAAUUUGUCCAUCAUCCAAAUCCAGCUCCAGAGAUACUGCUGCGCCCCAUGUCAACAUCAAUUAUAGAUUCCUAUUCACAGUCUGCACCUACUGGUUCAACUGUAUACAGUAAGGAAUUUGGCUGGAAGCCUGCCAGCAAACCUGAAUGCAUUCGCACAGGAACAACCUCAGCACAAAGGAGAAACAACCCACAUCCCAGCCAGAAUUUCAUGGUAUGGAGGCUACCCAGGGAUCCUCCACCAAGUAAUGAUGAUCUGACUCUUCCUUGUAAAUGUUCUCCAUCUGAGGGAGAGAUUCAUAAAGCCUUAAAAGCGCAGUACUGCUCCACCUACACAUGUGAUUUCAUGGGAAUGCCUCAAGGAAAUUAUAGGUGUAUUGGAACAGAUGGUCAUCUUGCACAUCUGCACAAUAAGCAUCAUAUACAGGUCCCUCUCUCUGCUGACUCUGAGAUGAUAAUCAUCCAAUACAUCAACAGAGAUCCACCUGUAGCCUGCUGUGGAAGAGUUCCAACUGUUGUACAAAGACACAUGCAAAGUCAACAGAAGGGAUCAAAUCUGACAAUCAACGCAUGUAGAAAGAGACUCAGCAAUGUCACAUCUGUGGUAAAGUUUCUGCUGCCACAGGAGCUUCAGCAGUUACACAGGAUCUUAACCGAGGAGGAAAAGAAGACUGUAAAAGGAAAAUUCAGUAAAGAUGCUUGUCCAAAAGAUGGAGAAAAAGUGCAUAAACUUCCAGCAGUUGUGCAGAAUUCCUUCUCAUCAGAGUGGAUAUCAAGCUGGCCAGGACCUACAUGA